CAGCAGUGUUUCUGAUUAGCAGGAUGUUGAGGCUGGCCUGGGCACGGUCGCAGUCAACUAACAGCCGCGCCAUCAAGUCUUGCUUUACUUCUGACUUGCUUAGGUUAGACUAUACGCCAACGCCAAAAUACAGCAGGGGAAUUGCAGACACUCUUGUGUCGCUCCGGAAAUCCACUUCCCUGAGUAGUCGGACGCCUCACAAUACUCUCAGGAUAACCAGUAGAGCCAGUUUCAGCAUGGCGUCUGGAGGUGAAGGGAAGAGCAGCCCACCGGCAUCCCCGAGCAGCCACACCAACCGCUUGGCCAAAGAGAUGUCACCCUACCUUCUGCAGCAUGCACACAACCCAGUGGACUGGUUUCCAUGGGGUCAGGAGGCGUUUGAGAAGGCAAAAGGAGAAGAUAAGCCCAUAUUCCUGUCAGUGGGCUACUCCACCUGUCACUGGUGUCAUGUGAUGGAGAGGGAGUCUUUUGAGGAUGAAGAGAUCGGCAAGAUCCUCAGUGAUAACUUUGUCUGUAUUAAGGUGGACAGGGAAGAGCGACCUGAUGUUGACAAGGUGUACAUGACAUUUGUCCAGGCAACCAGUGGGGGAGGAGGCUGGCCAAUGAGUGUGUGGCUCACUCCUAACCUUCGACCAUUCAUUGGGGGCACAUAUUUCCCACCAAGAGACACUGGACGCAGGCCUGGGUUCAAAACCAUAUUAAUGCGCAUAACAGAGCAGUGGCAUAGUAACAGGGAGGCUCUUGAGUCCAGCGGGGAGCGAGUCAUCGAGGCGCUGAAGAAGGGCAGCGCCAUCACAGCCCAUCCAGGAGAAACGCCCCCACCUGCUACUGAUGUCUCCCUGAGGUGCUUCCACCAGCUGGCCAACUCCUAUGAAGAAGAGUAUGGAGGCUUUAGGGACGCACCAAAAUUCCCCACGCCAGUGAAUCUGAUGUUUCUCAUGUCGUUCUGGGCGGUGAAUCGCACCACAUCGGAGGGGGCAGAGGCACUUCAGAUGACUCUUCACACACUGAGGAUGAUGGCUCUUGGGGGUAUUCAUGACCACGUGGCACAGGGUUUUCACCGCUACUCCACAGACUCCUCCUGGCACGUUCCCCACUUUGAGAAGAUGCUGUACGACCAGGCACAGCUGGCGGUGGCUUACAUCACCGCCUACCAGGUGUCGGGGGAGCAGUUCUUCGCAGAUGUGGCCCGGGACGUGCUGCUCUAUGUCUCACGGGACCUGAGCGACAAGUCAGGGGGCUUCUACAGUGCGGAGGAUGCAGACUCCCUCCCCACAGCGGAGUCCAUUGAGAAGAGAGAGGGGGCCUUCUGUGUGUGGACAGCAGGGGAGAUCAGGGACCUGCUCGGGGAGCCUGUGGAGGGGGCCACCGGAGGGGCCUUGCAGGCAGACAUCUUCAUGCACCACUAUGGCGUGAAGGAGCAAGGCAACGUGGAUCCUGAGCAGGACCCCCACGGGGAGCUCCUGGGGCAGAACGUGCUAAUUGUGCGCUAUUCUGAGGAGCUGACUGCAGCUCGCUUUGGCCUGAGUGUGGAGAAGGUCAAGGAGGUGCUGGCCGCAGGCAGGGAGAAGCUGGCGCACGCCCGCAAAGCCCGGCCACCCCCUCAUCUAGACACUAAGAUGCUGUCCUCCUGGAACGGGCUGAUGCUGUCUGGGUUUGCGCGAGUGGGCGCUGUGCUGGGCGACAAGGCAAUGCUGGAGCGGGCGGAGCAGGCAGCUCAGUUCCUGAGGGAUCACCUAUGGGAUGAGGUUGGACAAAGACUCCUGCACUCCUGUUACCGUGGGAAGGAGAUGGAGGUGGAGCAAAUUGCGUCUCCCAUCGCGGGUUUCCUGGACGACUAUGCCUUUGUGGUGUGUGGGCUGCUGGACCUGUAUGAGGCGACGCUGAAUACCCACUGGCUCCAGUGGGCGGAGGAGCUGCAGCUGAUCCAGGACCAUCUCUUCUGGGACGACCAAGGCAGCGCCUACUUCUGCAGUGACCCGACGGACCCCACCCUACUGCUGGCUCUCAAACAGGACCAGGAUGGGGCGGAGCCCAGCGCCAACUCCGUGGCGUCCAUGAACCUGCUGCGUCUGUCCCACUACACGGGCCGACAGGAGUGGGCCCAGCACUCACAGCAGCUGCUGGCUGCUUUCUCCGAUCGGCUGGUCAAAGUGCCCAUCGCCCUGCCCGACAUGGUCCGCGGCCUAAUGGCCCAGCACUUUACACUCAAACAGAUUGUUAUCUGUGGCCAGCCUGAUGCAGAGGACACUGCCUGUCUGCUUGCCUGUGUCAACGCUCUCUUCCUGCCCCACAAAGUCCUGAUGCUGGCAGAUGGCAACACAGAAGGCUUCCUAUACCAGCGGCUGCCCGUCCUCUCCUCUCUGAGGCCCCUGGAGGGCAAAGCAACGGCCUUCGUGUGCCAGAACUUCACCUGCGCCCUCCCCGUCACCUGCCCCCAGGAGCUGAGGAGGCAGCUGCUGGACUGAAUAAUGUCAGCAUGUGCUGCGGCAGAGGUGGUUCUUAGAUAAUCGGGCAUGCUUCUUAGCUUCCCAAACGUUCUGUGACAAAAGACGGCUGCAGCCCAAGUGGCGUUGUCCUCCCCGCUUGUAGUUACGUUGAGAGCGUGCACACAGGUAGGCCGUGAAAUGCAUGGGUGAAUUGCAGUGUAGGAGUUUUUCCCUCACGGAUGACCUCUGAUUCCCAGCAGCCUCCUCACACCUCCCGCUCCUUUAGCGCCUGUCCCCCUCCAUUCCCCCCUCCCACGAGUCUGUGCCAUGAUAGAGGCACAUCGCCCUUGCGUGUCUCUCCCUGAACCAGGGGUGGCCACCGAGUCACAGCAGUAGCCCUGUGUGAGGGGACAAGUGUCACAGUGAAUGAGCGCUUAAACGCAGAGGACAGUCCUCUCUCGCCAGGGACUCGCUCUGGCCAGCUGUCACUGUGCUGCACUGGACUGGAACGAAAAGUGCUGCUUCUGCUAAACUCUCCCUCACUCCUAGCAUGGAAGCAGAUGUCCACACAAAGUGUGCUGUAGAUUUUAGGAAAAACACAGAAUACUAAUACCGUGACAUGCAAGUAUAAUAAAAAGCAAGUGCUUCUCAUGACUAAUCUUCCAUUGCUUUAUUAAAUUAAUUUGCUAACUGUGUCUGUGCCCAGCUUCUGUCCAUAAACCACUCAUUUGGAUGCCAAGCUGUGCCCUGCUGUGUCAGUAGGUUGACAUGAAGUACCAGGCUGGUUGGGUACUAGAGAGUAGUUCCCAACCCAUCUGUCACAUCUGCUGUGGGUACCACAUACACCAGGUAGGCAUUACAUAAACAGAGCUGUUCUACACAGGUGUGGACACUCUUCACACACUCCAUACUCCCUCACUCUUUCUACCUCACUGUCGCUGACAUAUCUCCAGGUGGCCUGAAAUCUUUCACCAGAAUAAAACUCCUCUGAAGCUA